CAGGAAGUAAUCUAAACAACAACAAACGCAGCUGUUAGUGAAAUAAUAAUGGAGACUCGAUUCACGCGAGGCAAGUCUGCUAUUUUGGAGCGCCCACUGAGCCGACCCAAAACCGAGGUGAGCGUAAGCGCCUUCGCCCUGCUGUUCUCGGAGGUGGUGCAGUACUGCCAGAGCCGCGUGUACUCCGUGUCCGAGCUGCAGGCUCGUCUGGCCGAGCUGGGUCAGCGGGUGGGAGCCAGCCUGCUGGACGUGCUGGUUCUGAGAGAGAAGAACGGCAAGAGGGAGACCAAAGUACUGAACAUACUGCUGUUCAUCAAGGUAUCUGUGUGGAGAGCCUUGUUCGGCAAGGAGGCAGACAAGCUGGAGCAGGCCAACGACGAUGACAAGACCUACUAUAUCAUCGAAAAAGAGCCCCUUGUCAACACCUACAUAUCUGUUCCUAAGGAGAACAGCACCUUGAACUGUGCAGCCUUCACCGGAGGGAUCGUAGAGGCCAUCCUCACCCACAGCGGCUUCCCUGCCAAAGUCACCGUCCACUGGCACAAGGGCACCACGCUCAUGAUCAAGUUCAGUGAGGCGGUGAUCGCCAGAGACAAAGCACUGGAGGGCAGAUAGGGGAGGGACAAGAAGAUAAGAGAUUGGAUGAGAGAUUGAGACGGUGUGUGUUUGGGCGGAGGUAUGAUGUUAAUUGACUGCUGGAAUGUCUGUAAGCCCGCUGCAGACUGGGGUGAAGGCAGUGUAAUCAUUUUGUUUAAGAAUGGUGGACUGUACAUUCACUGAUCCAAGGGAGCUUACUCUGCACAAUGAAAAGGUGACUAUAGCUGCAACACAUAAUUAUUUUCAUUUCCCAUUACAAGAAUGUAAGUUGAUGUAUUUACAUUGCAUCAACAGGCCAAUACUCAACUAUUUUUAAUUUACUCUCAUAGAAAACCAAAAAAGUAGCAAAUCAGUUAGCAAAAUUGUUGUCAAUUAAGUUUCCCUCACUGAACUAAUCAACUAAUGGACUAAUUGUUUCAGCUCUGUUGAGGAAUAUACUGUAUACUGUGUUGAUUCUGUUACUCAGACAUAUUUAUUUAUUAUUGAUUCCACUCCUUUUCCAUGGAAAUCGAGACAAAUUCAGAAUGUCAGCCUGACACUGAAAUGUCUUAUUUAUUUAUCUUAAACAGUUGUUUAAUCAUGUGCUACAAAUGAGGUUCUUGUUUUCCUUACAGGGUAUUAGGCUGACACCAACUAUUUUCAAGCCAAACAGUUGAUGGAAAAUCUUCCAUUUCCCCGUAUUAUACUAGUCAGAUAAAACGUGUGACUGAAUCUGUAUCGACAGGCCUGAUGGGAUAUUAGCUGUGUCCCUCUCAGACUGUCUACACAUGUUUGUAUUGUGGGAUGGGAACCACAAAAGUCUAACAAGGAUGUGUGGAGCAGGUGGAGCAGCUUUACUUUUGUCAAAUAUUAAGCCUGCAUUUAAGGUCUUGUGGUUGGAAUGUUUAUGCAAACAAUGUUUAGACCUGUAUUUUGCUCUGAUAAAAUGUACAUAAAUACAUAAAGAGA